AUGGCAAUGGACUUGGAAGAGCUUCAGCUACAAUUACAAAAGGUACUGUGCGAAGUAAGCGAAGAUAUAUUGGUUAAACUAGCAGUGUUUCUCAAAUUGGACGAGGUGAAAUAUCAAGGAAAAUCAAAACUUAGUAUUACUCGAGUACUUCGAAGAGAAAGUGAGGAGCAAGUAGCCCAGAUUGAAGAUGAGAAUCAAUGCCGUGUAUUUCUCGAGGAAAUCCUAGGACAGUUGAUUGAGAUUACAGAUAAAGAAGCCCCUCCAAAGGAGAAUGGAAGAAAGUGAACUGAAGGCGACAGCGACAAGUGUAAGUAUACCAACCACAAAUGAUCUUAAAAGUGUAUUACGUAGGGAAUUCAAGAUUAAUGGUCAAAUAGGGGAACCCGGUCAAAAGGAUAAACUCACAUUUGUAAGCUUGGUCAGACAGAUCGAAAGUGCAUCGUCUAAGGGUUACUCAGAAACAGAAGUGAUUGAUGGUGUAAUAAGAGCAAUUAUUCCUACCAUGCAGCUGCGAAGUUAUCACGAGACAGUCAGUGACCUGACAUUGCCAAAUUUACGUGCUAUUUUAAGAUCACACUUUCAGGAGAAAAGUGCAACUGAACUUUACCAGCAAUUAACAACAAUUGUACAAUCACCUGAAGAGAGUCCACAGAGUUUCCUGAUAAGAGCUCUAGACCUACGUCAAAAGGUUUUAUUUGCCUCUAAAGAAGCAGGGGUAAAGAUCAAAUAUGAUGAAAGUCUUGUUCAAGGACUGUUUUUACACUCGCUCGAGACUGGACUUCAUCAUGAAGCUGUAAGAACAAAGUUACGACCAUUCUUACAACAACCAGAUAUAACGGAUGAAUUACUAAUUGAACAAAUGAACAUAAUUGUAUCAACUGAAACAGAGAGACAAAAGAAAUUUGGUAAAGCAAGUCAGGCACGACAACGAAAAAUCAACAAUGUUCAAGCAGUUAGGUGGCUCCCUACAGUUAUAGUCCAGUUUAAAAUAUUUAUAUAGCUCAGACGUCAUCCUCGCGACUCGCGCGUGGAAUCGUCGUGGCCCGGUAAAAAUCUUGAAACAAGUAAACAAGCCGCGGGAAGUUGUUUUUGUAUUUUUAUCUACAAAGAAAACGCCAAUGUUUUAUUAUAAUCCUAAACUUUUCAACAUUCGAACAGUACGUAUGUUGUUAGCUAGUUUUUACCUACAUUCAGUGUGUUUUUUUUUAUAUAUUUAAUACGUUCAGUACUGUAUUUCAUAAUGCUCACAAUGUUCAACAACAGUGUCACGGACUGAAAUUAUAUUUUAUACUGUCUUGAAGGCACUCCUGAAUUGUCACUGAAACUUACGUAAACCCUGUCAUUCAACUCAGUUCACAUGUAGUUUUUAUCUGCUGAAUCCAAUAAAAUUAUAAUGCAGACAGUUACGAGUUGUUUUAUACGAAAAGUCAAACUCUACUUGAAUGUUUUGAAAAGUUUUCACACCGAUUUUCAUAACAAAACUAAAUUUAAGAAACGUUGGAUUAAGUCAGUGCGUUAUUGUGUUCUCAAUGUUUCGUAUUUUGAAUACAUAUAUCUUUUAUUUUCAUUUCAAAUAAGUAAAAAGUAUCUGUGUGAUACAUAUAAGCCAAAAACUCAAAGAGAAAAUUGCUAAAAAAGCCAUCUAUAAACCGUACGCGUUUCGUGUUCCCCACGCAAAUAGUGAUCAUGUCGAAUCGAUAUUUUGUCACGUCAACAGCAUCAACUGGAUUGAGGACUAUUUUUCUCGCGUUUCCUUCGGUGAAAGUUUUGUAAACUUUGCACGUUUGCUAAGCAUGACGAUUCGCCAAACAUAUCAAAAUUUCAAGAAAUUCUAUAAGACAGAUUUUUUGUAGUCGUUAUUCAUGAAUAUCUCAAAACCGGCCUUAUAAACAUCCCUUCAAAUUUUAAUAUGUCAUUCCCCUUUCAACCAUAAAUCUUAAAAAAAAAAUUCAGAAAAAUUGACCGAAGGAAAAAAAAGAUAUAUCCGUUUGAUUGUAAAAUUCGACAAUAAAAGUGCAAAAGAUGAAACGUCAUGGUUGCCAUGGCAACACUAACACUGUUCCUAUUCGUUCAUAUAUCGACAGCAGAAGACUUCUGAACUUUCCUGGAAAUGAUUAUAUUGCCCUGUCUUAAGUGUUUUCAAUAUAAAUUUGGUUCAAAACGAAGGCUACCUAAAAUACUUAAAAUUUUAGAAAACUGUAGGGAGCCACCUUAAUUAAAUUAAGUCCAGUUCAGCCGAUGUUGAAGAACCCAUUGAACAAGAUCUAAACCAAGUAGUAAAAGAAAAGAAAGGACCCAAGCAAGGUGAGCUAGUUUCUGCUCUAAAGACAGUAAAAGCAGAACUCGCUGAGCUUAGGGAAACUCUGACAAACCAACAAGCCAAAGCCAAGGAGCAAGAAACUGGGUAUAAGGAAAACCAAGCAGGACGUAGGGGAAGAUUAGGUACAAAGUGUCAGGAAGCCAAAGAACUAAACUGUGACCACUGUUUUCGAUGUGGUAGUUCAGACCACUUUGCCAGAGGAUGCAAGAAGAGACCGAAUUCGGAAAACGGAAGAUGGCUGCAGCCGAGGGACAGGAAGUAG